UUAUUUUAUCUUUAUUCCAUUUUAUGCUAGUCUUGUGUUUAGGUUCUUAUGUCUCCUUCUGCUUUGGCUCUCCCUCUCCUUCUCUGAGUUUGUUUGGCAACACUGCAGUGUACCCUGCCAAAAAAGUAUCCUGAGGCUUGACUGCCUGCCUGAGACCCACAACAACAAGCAAGCGCGCGCCGAACAGGUAGCCGGUCUUUAUCUUCGUGAUUUCUUUUUAGUUGUAAUUAUGGAGGGCCUGGAAGAUCAAUUUCCCUCUGAAGAUCCCCAAGAUGAUGAUGAACAGAUUAAAUUGCAAGCCACUAUUAGUUCUAUUUUAAACUCUUCUUUAGAAGACAAGGAAAGCUCUGCACCCAAGUCUUCAGUGGAUGGGAACAGCAAAGAAAAUCUCCUGGGACUGGAUGGCGGAACAUUGCAUGGCAACCUCGAUAAAACAAGCGAUGGCAAGACCACUUCCCUACACGUCGAUGAGUUGCAGAACAAAGAGGUACCUACAGUGCUGUGUGAACAAGAUACUGAAAAUGACUCCGAGUUGACUAGUGAGAUGCCUAUUAUGAGUAUGAACGAGAGAGAUGCUUCACCAAUCACUCAACAGCUUCAGGGAGAGGAGAUGGAGCACACUGAAGCUGAGGAAAAUUUUAACAUAAUUGAGAACAGUGAACUGUCACCAGGCAAGAAGCAAGGAGAACUUUUAAUGAAGGUGCUGGACCACGCAGUAACCAAGGAAAACGUUGCCAGCAUAACGGAGACAAGGCAGACACCUCCUAAAAAGAGAGGGAGAUCUUUGCCAGUUUUUGAGGAAGAUAAUUCAAGUGUCAUUCAAACGUGUCUGAGAGAUGGCCCCUCCCCUGAAAAGAAACCAAGACCAGCUUCUAUUGGGCCUGAAAAGGGGUCAAUUUUAAAUAGUGACAAACAGAAAUCCAAACUGCCCUUUCAGAAGAAACGAGGCAGAUCGUUUAAAAAGGUUGAAAAUUUUGGUGAAGAGAAUGAGGAUGUUGAUAAAAGGAAAAGUCUGAGGGCACCCUCUAAGUGUGUCCAGUACAACGAGGUUGAUUCAAGCCCAGAGAAAGAUGAUAGGGACACAAUCUUGGAAGAUAAUGUUUCUAAAAUGAAUAAGAAGAGCAUUACCAAUCUAACUCCAAGAGAGGAAAGAGAGACCAAACAAUCCAACCCAAAGAAACCCUAUUUCAGAACACCCAAUAUCAGAACACCCAAAGGAAUGGAAAUUGAUGAUUCAUUUUUUCUGCCUGAGGGUUGGAGCUUCUAUGCCAAAAAACGCUCUGCUCCUGCAAACAAUAAACACUUUGACAUCUACUAUAUUACACCACCAUGCCCGUAUCAUAAAAAGAUAAGGUCACGUCAAGAGCUUGUCGCUUAUUUUACUGCCAAAGGACUAGACUAUGAUCCAUUGCAAUUUUUUGACAAAAAUAAAAUGAGGGUUCUACUAGAGAAAGGAAUCUUGAAGUAUCAUGAUGAGAACACUGUCAUACUACCUUCUAACCAAGAAGUCCUUGCACACCUACCUAAAAAAGCUCCUAUGAGAAAGGAAAAUAAUCAAGACCAAACCAUCAAAACUGAGGAUGAGGAUGUACUAAGUCCUGCAGCAAAGAAGGAGACCAAACAGUCCAAGGAAAGUUUCAAAAACCUUAUGGUUGAUUCUAAGAAAAAUACAACUAAAAUAUCUUUUCCAAAAAUGGAACCCCUAUCUCCCUCUGCCAAAUCUCAAGUCCGAGAUAAAUCCCCCUAUGUAACCGAAGAAAAAACAGAAGAUAAGCCUGGAAGUCUUGCCACCCCUCCUAAGAAAAAAGUGGGAAGACCUCGCAAAAAAGUUCCAUUGGUUCCAGAAGUUGCUACUGAUGUAGAAGAGGAAGAAUCUGUUGGAGAUAAAGCAGUGGAAGAAAAGCCUGUUGAAGAAAGAGUCAGGAUUAGAUCCAAACCUCCUCGAAAAAGUCCUUACUUUACAUCCAGUUUUAAUGGCUUAGUGCAGUCAAAAAGCCUUGCUGGGUUGAGGAGAGAACGGAAAAACUGUGUUGCGCCACCUAGAUCUCCCUAUAAUCUUAUACAAGAGGAUCUGUUUCAUGAUCCAUGGCAAAUGUUAAUAGCUACAAUUUUCUUGAAUGCCACAAGUGGUAGACUUGCUAUUCCAUUGGCCAUGGAAUUCUUAAAGCGAUGGCCUACCCCUCAACUUGCUUGCCAGGCAAAAGUUGAGGAGAUUUUAAAUAUAAUUGAUUCGCUAGGGUUUGGGCGAACUCGUGCUGCAGUAAUCCUCAGAUUUUCACAUGAAUACCUCACCAAAGAUUGGACACUUCCAAAUGAACUUUAUGGUAUUGGGGACUAUGGCAACGAUUCAUACAGAAUAUUCUGCAUGAAGAAUGAGUGGAAGAAUGUCAGGAGUGAUGAUCCAAUGCUUAUGAUGUAUUUAAACUGGAGAAGGGCAACUGAACAUCUGAGAAAAAGGUUUCUACAAGCUGACACAUCUGUGAAUUCUGAAUCUGUAAAUUCAUCUGAGAGUUCAAAAAAAAUUUUACGACCAAGGGUUCCAACGCCUUCCCCCAAAAGACGAAGAGGAAAGGGAAAGUAGGAAUGGGGAUGUUUGUGUUUUGAAAGCAUGUGUUAAACAAUUUUAAACCUGAAAUUUUACCCAAAUUAUUUUAUUUUCUUUGAACAUUAAAAAAUAUUUGUAGAAGAA